GGAAGGUUUCACAUGAUACUGGCUAGCUGGUUAUAGUUACACGUUGCUCAAGACCAGCCUCUGAGUUUGAUCAUCCAUGAAACACAUGUUGUAAGAACAUAUACGCUGAUUAUCUUCACAUGUGGAAGGACACAGGGCAAAGUCUAUUGUGAGUCUGUUCCCCAUCUCAAGGCCUUGUCUGAAAAGGGGGGAAACUGUUCCCAUGUGAAACUUCUGGCUAGCUUGGUCUGAUCCCUGCUUUAUCCUUGGGGCAAACAAUACAUUCCAGGCGUCUGUUGCAGAUAAUAUUCUGUGUGUGUCCAGUGCCAAGUCCCUGCCAGCUUUGAUAGUGCAUAAGAGAAUCAGCAGAAGGACAGAACAGUCUGCAACAUCCACAGGGAACAGAGACUUCACAAAGAAAGUGAGACAACCAGAACAAGAUACAGAGGAUAUCUACGAAGGUCUGAGAGACAUACAGAAAGCAAUACACCCUUUGUCCUGGCAGAACUGGGAAUAGAGACAUACUGCACAUUUCUAGGUUGAGAAAUAGAUAUGGGAUGGGAGAAAGAAGACCUCUAGAGACAGAAGAGGAGGUCAGAGUCACAGGGGCAACAUGAAGAGCAAGGAUUGUGCAAGCUACAGGCCCCUCAUAACAAUGGGUUAUACACAUUUGCUUUGUACGUCUUACCUGAGAAUGUCCUCAACAAGUCUGGUUCUUCUCAUGUUCUUGGCAAUGAGUUGCCACAAAAUGGGGCAUAGCUGUGAGAUGCCAGAGGGAGAUCGUCAGAUCAUUCUGGAUAAGGUGAAGGCACGAAUUGUGGAGGCACUCGGACCUCCUCCGUCCACUGCUCCAUCAUCGACACCAUCUCCAUACCCAAUGGGAUACAUCAAGUCCGAGCAGAGGAGUCUGCGUAAGAGACACAGCCACAAUGGACCAGGUCUGGAGGACACUUCAGAGGUCAUUCUAUUUCCUUCAUCAGAUGUCCUGUGUGAGACUCCAACCCUUGAUGCUUCUAGGAAUGAAGCUGACAACAGCUUUACCUACAUUUUCCGUCCAUCUUCUCACAUCCUGAGCCGUAGAGUCUCAUCAGUACAGUUCUGGUUUUUCACUGGAGAGUCUCCAGUGGACAACUCCACGUGGCCCCAAACGAUGCCCAUUGAGGGUCUGAGUGUGUCUAGCAAAGCACUGUCUGACCAAUCUCUGUCCGAUGAGCAACAACUAUCACCCAAUGUAUCCUCCACAAUUGAUGAUAAGGAAAGUGAUGGCUCUGUCUCACCUGUUAAUAGUACCAAUAAAGAGGGAUCUCUACAGACUCUGAUGGACAUCCAAGUACUGUCAGAGCAGAAGCCGGUCACUGUGGCCACCUCCAAGGUACAGAAGAUGGAUGAUUGGUCUGUCUUUCACCUGGCUCCUGCUUUUCUGAAUUAUGUGACAAGGAGUCUUUUUGUGUUACUGGUCCAUUGUCCCACCUGCCCUUGUUCUGACCAACCUGAAAAUACCCCCUUCCUCAUGUAUAGCACUCGCCCUAGCCAGCGUGGCAGGCGAUCUGGCAUUCCAUGGUCUCCAUCUGCUCUGGAGCUGUUACAGCGCCCUCCAUCAUUAGGUGCAGAUAGUGCAGAAUGUCAUCGCGGUUCUCUAAACAUAAGCUUUGAAGAGCUGGGUUGGAACCAGUGGAUUGUUCAUCCUGGAACUUUUCAGUUCCAUUACUGCCAUGGCACUUGUUCCCCAAGCCAUGGCCUAAGCACUGCACUCCACUGGGGGCACUGUUGUGCUGCACAACCCAGCACCAUGAAGCCUUUGAGGGUCACCACCACCACAGACGGUGGAUUCUCCUUCCGAUAUGAGACUGUCCCGAACCUGCUGACCCAAGACUGCGCCUGCAGCUAAGUCUACUGCGCUUUGGUUCUGGAAAAUGCCAUUACAGUAUGAGUAACUGAAGCAGAGACCACCUAUUUCUGAUUUAGCUUGGAUUAACAUUAUCAACAUUUAUAAAGGCAGACUUGCAGAAAUUCAGUAUUUGUUUUAGAUAUUUUGUUAAUUCUUCUAAUUUAAUAUUUUGAACAGAAUCUAUAAUACUUCUUGUUCAAGGGGUUUCUGACAAUUGUUUAAAAACAACAUUAACCUGAACAUGGUACAUAUGUACAAUGGAGACUACUCAAAAUAUUUUAGAGAGUGUAGUUUAUUCGUCCACUAAUACUGGUCUAUAUAAUAUUUAGAUACAAACACUAUCGAUCCAAUUAUGCAAUGAAAGGACUUAUUUAUCAAACUUUACCGUGCCUUAAAUCUAGCAGAAACAGCAGGUGCUGUGUGAUUUUAGUAUCUUAGCAAUCUACUAAAGGCUGAAUGCUGAUAUGUCCAAUAUAUGUUUUUGACUCACCAGGCAUCCUGCUUUCUGGGGCCAAACACAGAACAAUAUUGGACCAAUUGGCUGAACAUUGGGACAGUAUUACAGUGUGUGGCAUCAACUUAUUGAGCUCCUGAAUGAUUUUAUCACUGAAGUAUUUUUAUACACACAUGAAUGGCUAUGCUUGAGAUUCAGAUGCAUACAAUAAUAAACUGCUUAAUUAUGAUUUUU